UAAUGCCUGUUGAUGCCUGAUAAAAAGAAGCAGUUUUGAGGAAAGAAGUGUGAAAGCAUGUCAUUAUCAUGGAAAAUAGAAGCCCUCCAGAUCCAUUGUAUGUUCUGCGCGGUACGGAAGCAGCCUUAAAUGUCGUCAAGUUUGCUCCAAAGACUGUUAGGGAAGAGGGGCUUCUACUUUCUGGGUCUGCUAAAGGGAUCAUUAGUUUAUGGAAUCUUAAAACAAAAAGAUCAGAGGUAACUUUAGAUGGUCAUAAUGGACAUGCCAUCCUUGCUGCUGAAUUUCAACCUUGUGGGAAUGUAAUAAGCCAUGGUAGGGAUGGGUAUUUACAAACAUGGCAGUGUUCUGAAGGAAGACAUGAAAUAGUAAAUAGUAUUUCAGCCCCUUUUCUUGGAUUUUGUCAGUUUUGUAUUAUGUCAAGAGGAUACAAGUCACAUUGGAUUGGUCUCCCAUCAGCUAGUCAUUCCCAGGUAAAUAUACUUGAUCUGGAGUCUAAAGAAAUCCUGUUUUCUCUAAAACCUGAUAAUGAAAAGUCACUUGGGAUGUGCAUGUGUAUCUCUUUGAUCUCUGAUCCAGCAACAGACAAGCCUCUCUUGAUUGCAGGUUACGAAAGUGGUCAGCUUUUGCUCUGGGAUGUUAUGGCUAGACAAAUCCUGGGUAGAAAUCCAACUCAUGCUGAAUCAGUUCUCUGUAUGGAUGUAGACAAAGAGGACCUUAGAAUAGUGUCUGGCUCAGCAGACAGUAAGCUGUGUGUGUCAUCAGUAACACCUCAGCACAGCAUAACAGCAGACAAAGAAAUUGAGCUGAAGAACCCUGGAAUUGCUUCAGUCAAAAUCAGGAAGGAUUGUCAAAUACUGGCCACUGGUGGAUGGGAUGGCAGGAUAAGAAUCUACAGCUGGAGAACACUCAAACCAUUGGCUUAUCUUAAUUACCAUACACAAACUAUAAACACGGUGGAUUUCUCGGAGGAUCUGUUUGGCCAUGGACAGCUAUUGGCUGCUGGUGGAAAAGAUUCCAGAAUCAGUUUAUGGUCUAUAUACAAUGAAAAAUAGUUUCUGAACAGUCACAAAUUCUUCCCCACGAUGGGAGUGGCAAGGAAAUACGUCUCUACCAGUCUCCUCCACCUUUUCAAACAGAUAAGGAACAGGCUAGAGUCUGAAGAUGCUUGGAAAGUGAGCUUUCGACAUUCUGACCAGUGAGCCUGCACCGCCCUUUAGAGAACACGAGCUCUAUUGAAACUUUCAAACUUUUGUGAAGGAUUGUGAGUUGUUGCGAGAUAGUUUGGCUUUAUCAACUGGGUCGAUAUUGUAAAUUGGCAAUCGUAAAGAGUUUCGAAAGCUGACGUUUCGAGCGUUAGCCCUUCGUCAGAGAAAAUGUGAGUUAUUAUUGAUUGAGGACGAGACCAAGUACCCAUGGAUAGCCUAGAACUGUAAU